AUGCGAAUCUAUUGGAAAAAACGGCAGUCUUUCUCAACAGCCGGAGCCGCACGAGAGUGCAAUGGAGGAUGCCUGUGUCCAGGUCGAUCUCCAUGCUUAAGCAACCUGCCACGUGCUACCGCGUGUUUUGAGCUUAGCUUAGGAGUAGGAGGGAAACUGGGUGUUUGUGCUCCUGUCGGAGCCCGGGUGGGCAUGCCACCACAGAUGCCUUCAUGGUGGCGGAGGUCAGCCCACAGAUCUUUAAUGCCCGUCCCAAGGUGGCUGCUUGGCCUGCUUUGUAUAGCAGCGACGCUGCCCUCGGCUGUGACGUUUCUCUGCAGGCCUGCCGUCAUUGGGUCGGAUGCCGGUAGAAGCAGUGGCCGCACACAGCUUGCAGCCACUGCGGCUCCCAUUGCGAGGAGAAAGAAAGGUUCAGCACUUGUGAAGCGAAUACCGCCGCCUUCCGUCAAAGUCACCAAGCUGGCGAAAGGUGAGAGAUAUAGAGGGUACAUCAAUCCGAAACUCAAAGCUCUAGUUGCAGCACCCGAGUACCGGAAGGUCGUGGAUCUGUUGUUCAAGUUGGAAAACGAGAAGAAGCUCGACAUGCUCCUCGCGAACGCUCAGGACUAUUGGCUGGGCCUCAAUAUCUAUGAGGCCUCCAGGUUG